AUGCCACGAUUAAAUGAAUUUUUAUUUAAUAUUCGUUCAAUUAUUUCUCUGAACGAUCAAAUUUCUUUACUUUCAAAUAAUGAUAUUCAGCGGACGUUUUCAAAUUUUACAGGCAAUCAAAUUAUAUCUUGUGUUGAUUAUUUUCCAAAAAUGAAACGUGGUCAAUGUCAUGUUUAUUCAUAUCCAUAUACACUAAGUUAUUAUCAUAAUAUUACAAAUAAUUUUCCAGGUGAAUUAUUCAAAUGUGUUCGUGAAAUAUCAUUAUAUGAUGAACAUCCUUUUGAAUAUGAAUUUUUUAUUGAAAUUGCACAAGCAUUUCCAUCUCUACGAAAAUUAUCUUUAAGCAAUCGAAAAGGACAAAAAUUGAAGAAUAACAAUAUGAAUUAUCCACUCAUUAAAUAUCCUUAUUUGAAUGAUCUCGAACUUAUCGACAUUCAUACAGAUUAUGUUGAAUUAUUUCUAGAUAAUACGAAAACGCUCUUAUCGGACAAUCUAUGUCUUAGUGUUGAAUAUCGUCCAUUAAGAAAAGUGACAAAUAAUUUUAAAAAAGAUACAAUGCGUUUCAAUUGUGCUAAAGUAAUUCAUCUAAUGAUUCCUGCUAAAUUUAAAAUAUCUCAACGUUUCAAAGCCUACUUUCCUCAUGUGAAAGUAUCUCAAUUUUAUUAA